CGCUGAUGAACACAACACAAGCAAUCACCGGUGUACAAAAUUGCUUACUACCAGAUAACCACACGGUACGUUACAUCGCACAUAACGGUACGUAUCACAGUUUAUACGAGAGCGAAGUGAGUUCAACACCGAUGCUCCAUACAGAGUUGCACAGCGCGGGAGCAUCAUCAGGAACAACCGUUGCUGUUAUUCUGCUUGGGCUGUCAGCAGGACUGCUCGUGUUUCUGGGCUUAUCAUUGGCUUGGAAGAAGUUCUUUAAGCCCCCACCACCCAAACAUCACCAAAAAUCGCCUUCAACCGUAUUUGUGCCCAUCAUUGAUGUGAUAAAAGACACGGCAUCGACCGACAGAAUGUUGCCCAUCGAAUAUGAGGAUGAUUGUUUGGUGGAAUAUCCAGGUAAAAUGGUACACGACCCGCAUUAUUACACCCAUUAAAACGUAU